AAGAAGAGGAAGAAGAAGAAGAAGAAGAAGAAGAAGAAGAAGAAGAAGAAGAAGAAGAGGAAGAAUGGAGUUAGUGGGGGUGGUGGCGAUGUUAAUGGCGGCGGUGAGUAUGGAGUUUGGGCUGAGCCAAGGGGCGAUUCACAGAGUGGGUGACUCGGCUGGAUGGACCACCAUUGGCAACGUCGACUACAAGCUUUGGGCCUCUUCCAAGAACUUCCAAAUCGGCGACACCAUCUUGUUUGAGUACAACCCACAGUUCCACAACGUGAUGAGAGUGACGCACCCAAUGUACAGAAACUGCAACACAUCGAACCCACUCUCCACUUUCACCACCGGCAAUGACUCCAUCACUCUCACCAACCACGGCCACCACUUCUUCUUCUGCGGCGUCCCCGGCCACUGCCAGGCCGGCCAGAAGGUCGACAUCCACGUCAUCAACCUAUCCACGUCAUCACCACCCACGUCAUCUCCCGAGCCACCGUCCACGUCAGCCUCCUCUCUCUCCCCCACAGUCCCCGCCUCGGGUGUCCCCGGCCCUUCGCCUAAUCUUGCCCCUUCUCUCCCCACCGCUGCUGCUUCUGCGGUUGCGGCCAUGGCCGCCGUCAGUGUGGUGGCUGCGAUUCUUGUCGGGGAUUUUGCGUUUUAGGACACGGAGUUGCGCACAGAGCUUCUUCAUGCAAGAAGGCUUUACGUUAUUUGUUUUUGUACCGUUUCUUUCUCCUUUCACUUUGAUCACAGUAUUAUGAUGUUUUCAAGUGUAGAGAUGCUUUACCAAUAAAAGAUAUGAUCUGUGGUUAU